CAUCUCUCUUGAGCCAUAGCAAAUCCAAUUCCUUUCUGUGUUCACUAAAUUAAGCCCAAGAAUUCAGGCAGGCCUUCCCAGGAGCUGACUGCACACAGUCAAUAAGAUGUAAGAUGUAAGAUGCCUGUUGGAUUUUGUACUUGUCAGUUUUCCUGGCUGUAUACUGCUUCUGUGCUUUUCCUGAAAAAGGAUUGAGUGGAAUGGGCCCCUACCAGGAAAUAGAAAAAACUAGGUAACAGAAGCGCACUUGUUUUCAAAACUAAAAAGUUUGCUUUUGCAAACAAAACCUCACAUGGUUUGCUCUAUUCUUUAUAGGAGAAAUAAGUAGCUCUCUUUGGGCCUUACAUCUUCCCAGCAUUGUUGUCUUCUUUAGUGUCUUCAUGUGGUGGCUUUCUGCAUUUAAUGGGUGCCUGGGUGUAUCUUCACAGAGUAUUUGCAUCCAAAGAAUAACAGAUCUGUGAAUAAAGAGAUUGUCAGCUUUCCUUUAUUAGCUACAGAUACUCAUAAAGUUGUAGAUUUGUGGGAACCUGUAUUUUCCGUAUAAUGACUAGUCCUGUGUUUUUGUUCCAAAAUGAUGUGUGAGGUGAUGCCCACCAUCAGUGAAGAAGGCCCUUCAGGAGGAAGUGAAAACCAUGGAUCUGGCUGCCCUUCACAACCAGAUGCAGAUUCCCAUUUUGAACAGCACAUGAUGUCCAUGCUAGAAGAAACAUACAUUGCUCAGAGCACACUGAUAGAGACUCAAGAAACAUUGGCGUUGACCCAGGGGAAAUUGCUCGAGGUUGGUCAUGAGAGAGAUUCGUUGCAGAGACAACUCAAUACUGCGCUUCCACAGGAGUCUUCAACGCUUGCAAAAGAGCUCAACAUUUGCAGGGAACAGCUGCUUGAGAAGGAAAAAGAAAUUGCUGAACUGAAAGCAGAAAGGAACAACAUGAGGCUGCUCCUGGAACAUCUGGAGUUCCUUGUCUCCAGGCAUGAACGCUCUCUCGAAACGACUGUGAUGAAGCGGCAGGCGUGGUGUCCUGCAGGUGUGUCCACAGAGAUGGAAGUGCUAAAAGCACUGACAUCCUUGUUUGACCACCACAAGACCCUGGACGAAAAGGUGCGAGAGCAAUUACGUGUAGCACUGCAAAGGUGCAGCUUGCUGGAAGAGGAACUGGGCGCCACGCAGAAGGAGCUAAUGACUCUUAAAAAACAGAAUGAUCAGAAAAAAUCACCAAGAGAUGGAGUGCUUGACCAUGAAGAAGAAGAAACACCAAGCACUAGUGGAAAGUUGCUAGCUUGCAGAGAAGAAGAACGAGAUGACAAGACAACGAUAAAAUGUGAAACUUCCCCUCUCUCCUCUCCGAAGUCCCUUCAGCUAGACAGGCUGCACACGGGGGCGUUGCAAAUAGUCAGCCACGAGGACAUCAGGGACAUGCAAAAAUCAAAAAGUGCCCAGGAUGGUCCUGUGAGCAAUCCCAAUAGCAGUGACAGCAGGCAGGACUCGCCCCACAAAGCCCCAAAGAAGAAGGGCAUCAAGUCCUCCAUUGGUCGUUUGUUUGGCAAAAAGGAAAAGGGUCGGCCUGGACAAACUGGCAAAGAAUCACCAGGACAAGAAACCUCAUCUCAGGAUGCGUUCCGACAUAGCAAAUUGGGAGGAAAGGAUGAAAAAAAUCGUCAACUUCAAUGGGGGCUUUUCUUCUCUUUUGUAGCCGUUGUUUCUGAAACGGAAAACUCAUCUCAGGAUGCCUUCCAACUUAGCAAAUUGGGAGGAAAGGAUGAAAAAAAUCAUCAACUUCAAAAAAAGCCUGAGUUGCUGGAGGAAGCCCAGAGGCAAGGCUUACCAUUUUCACAGUGGGACGGGCCAACCGUGGUUGAAUGGCUGGAGCUCUGGGUUGGGAUGCCUGCUUGCUAUGUGGCUGCCUGCAGAGCAAAUGUGAAAAGUGGGGCCAUCAUGUCAGCUCUGUCAGACAGACAGAUCCAGCAAGAGAUUGGCAUCAGCCACCCUCUGCACAGACUGAAGCUGCGGCUGGCCAUCCAGGAAACCCUGUGGCUCACCAGCCCUUCGGCUCCACCCACAUUGAAAAAGACCACAGGAAAUGUCUGGUUAACACAUGAAGAGAUGGAAACACUCGCAGCCACAUCUCAGAUGGAAGAUGAGGAGGGAAGCUGGAUUCAGACACUUGCAUAUGGGGACAUGGACCACGAGUGGAUUGGCAAUGAGUGGCUGCCCAGCCUGGGCCUACCUCAGUACCGAAGCUAUUUCAUGGAGUGCCUUGUGGAUGCUCGGAUGCUGAACCACCUGACCAAGAAAGACCUGCGGGGGCGGCUGAAAAUGGUUGACAGUUUUCACAGGAACAGCUUCCAGUGUGGACUUAUGUGCCUGAAAAGGUUAAAUUAUGAUCGGAAAGAACUGGAAAGAAGAAGAGAAGAAAGUCAGGAUGUAGUUAAAGAUGUGCUUGUUUGGAGCAAUGAUCGAGUGAUUCGCUGGGUCAUAUCCAUUGGCCUUAAAGAAUAUGCAAACAACCUCAUAGAGAGUGGGGUUCAUGGCGCACAGCUGGCCUUAGAUGAAGCCUUCGAUUACAACACAUUGGCCCUGUUGUUACAGAUCCCGACAGAGAACAGAAAGGCUCGAAAUGUCUUGGACAAAGAAUUUGCCGACCUUUUGGUCCUUGGGACUGUCAGACGUUUUGAUGUCGAGGAUGACAAACACUUUAGGAGAGCACCUUCAUGGAGAGAGAAGGUUAGAGAAAAGGCCAUUCACGGUGUGGCAACUGGGUCAUCAGAGACACUCCCUGCAAACUUCCGAGUCUCUUCUUCCAAGUCUUCCCGCUCUGUGCAGCCCAAUGAGAUCCAGAUGGAUGGCAGUGUAUCAGAAACACAGAAGUUGGAUUCUGCAACAACCAGGACUUCCUCCCGUUAAGCCUCCUGUUGUUUUCCUGCACUACUUCUACAGAUGAUGUGCAGCAUUUGGAAUCCAACAGAGACUACAUUUUUUAAUUCAGUCGAAUCGCUAUCUGUUAAUACUUGUUAUAUGGAUAUUUUAUAACAGAGUUUUUAAUUAAUAAAAAAUUCAUCAAUAACAUAGAGAAAAUAUUUUAGAAUUUAAUGUUUCUUCUAUUUUUGUAAACUUAGGACUUUUCAUUUAUAUAGUUACUUACUUUUUCAUCUAUGUUUAGAUAUCUCUGGAAGCAAUUCAUGUUCUUAUAUCUAAUUUUAGUCUUUCAAAUGAAUGUACUGUAGUGCUUGUAUGUAUAAACCCUAUGAACAAAUACAUGGCUUUUGUAAAUUGUGCACAUAUUGUAAUUAUUACUAUUUAACUUUUUAAUGAUAAGCCAUCCCUGAAAAAAUUAGUUUACUACACUUUUUUUUGUCUUUUUUGUUACUUUUUUUUUUUUUUUUUUUGGUCUUUUUCCUUUUUAUUGGUACCAGGGAUCGAACUCACGACUGCCUGCUUCCAAGGCAGGUGCUUAUGCCGCUGAGCUAAAUCCCCAGCCCCUUUUUUUGUCUUUUUUGUUUUUAUCGGCACUAGGGAUCAAACUCAGGACUGCCUGCUUGCAAGGCAGGUGCUUAUGCCACUGAGCUAAAUCCCCAGCCCAGUUUACUACAUUUAUAAAAUUGUUGUGACAUAAGCAAUGUGCAUUAUCCUUCACCUUGCUCUACAUCAGUCAUUUUAAAAUCAGGAGACUUCAUUCCAAGCAGUUGUCAUAUUUUGAGGUUGACUGACCUUAACUGUUCUUUUUUUAGCAAGAAAUCAGAGUCUAAUAAAGUCGGGACUGAACCGUUGCACCAGAGCACUAUAGAACUUUCUUAGCACUGGUUCCCUUUUCCCCAUCCUGUCUCUGGACUUGGGGAGCUUGUCUUCAGAGACUUGACCAGAAGCCAUGAGCUUGGAGCUGCUCUCAGCAGGGCUGGAGUGGCCAGGGGUGGACCCCAGCCUGGCACCUUCCCUGCCUCUUUCCUGUGAGCAUGUGGAAGGUGCCUCCAGCUAUUCUUAGAGGACCAAUCACUGAGCACUGUGCUCACAUCUCACAGACAUUGGUGCAUGAGCAGAUGAGAGCAGGAAACCCUGAAAAUAAAGUUGUACAACUCUAACUAAUCAAGGCCUUAUUUUUCAUAUGUCAGUCACCUUUUUACAUUGGUUUAUAAACAUGUUUCAACUAGUCAUACAUUUUUAGAUUUUGAUGACAUAGCCAUUUUGGAUUGAACAAGUAGCAAAAGCAACUUGCUUUUCACUGGCAUAUUAAAAAGCCAGCAAGGAAGGAGUCAGAUCAGGGUGCAUGUUAUUUAUUGUGCAACUGAUACAUGGGUAGAGGCAGCAUGCCUUUUUAAUUUAGUUUAUGCAGGGGCUGGGGAUUUAGCUCAGCGGCAUAAGCGCCUGCCUUGCAAGCAGGCCGUCGUGAGUUCGAUCCCUGGUACCGAUAAAAACGAAAAAGACAAAAAAAAAAAAAAAAAGCAAAAAAAAUAAUUUGGUUUAUGCAUACAAUUCACUUAUACAAUCCAUAUUACUGCCCUUUUUCUAUUAAUUUUUGUGGAAUUUUCUGAGUAUGUAACAAAGUAUACAGUCAUAUACAUAUAUAUACUUUUGAACUAUUUUAAUCACAGUAUUAUUUAUUGCUUUCUUUCAAUAAAGUUCUGAAUCAUU